GGAAAAGAAUCUUCAUUGCCUACAAAACCUUGUAACCCACCCAGUUAUUUUUGGUUGCUUAGAGCAAGAUGUAAAAUCAGACUUCAUUAUUUUAACAAUACGUUUAUUUGAUGCCUUCAUCGAUGCUCCCAAAGAGGUACUGCUACAAUGUUAGGCCUUUCACAUUAUGGCUUUUGUCAGCCAAGGAACGUAUCACCAGGGUUCGAUAACUAUUUUUUAAUAGCAUUCUUUUAUUUAGAUCUCAGAGAUUUGUUGGUCGAACGUCAUUAAUAUUCUGAAGGCAGUGUUGCCUCUAAUGCAACCUGAAAAUUUCAACAAGGUGAUAAUUAGUUUUUUAUUCGACAGUUUACAUUUUGAAACGGUAUUAUGAUAUUACCACUGUUCACUGUACGCAUAUAUACCAGUGUGGAUUGUAACCAUUUUGCGUGGGUCUGACAAAUGUCCGAUCAAGUGUGCAGUUGCUCGGACAUCGGCUAACAAUGGUCGGCCAGCUUUUCCGAAUAUUUACAUUGAUAGCUUGUGCUGAUCACCAGGGCCGCAGAGAGGUUGGCGGGGGCCCGGGGCAAUGGCGGCCUGGUUUUUUCCGCGUCCCCCCCGCGCGCCAGAAAAUUUUCGGUCAGUGUACCAUUUUAGGGGUAAAAAAAUUUUUCCGGAGUAAAAAAUUUUUCAGGACGAGUGCAUUGUUAUUGCUUUCCAGGGACUUUAUCUCAUUUUUUUAUUGAAAAUUUCGGUAGUUAGCUCAAGAAAACAGAUAUCUUGUCCUUUGCGCGGAAAUAUUUAACACACAAAAAAGACUGGGGCCCAACAAAAAUUUUUCAGGGGCCCUUAGCACCUCGGGGCCCGGGGCAAUUUGCCCCCCUGGUCGGCGGCCCUGCUGAUCACUUCCCGCAUGACCAAUCACGUUACUUAACUUUUGGUAAGCAACCGAAAUGUUCUUGGUUGCAAGGUUACUGUUUUAAAAUUACCGCAUGUCUGGUAUUAACAAUGGUCUGUUACCAUAAAUUUGUAACGUGAUUUUGUCGCUUGUCACAGCGAAGUCAAUAAAAUGCUUUGUGUUCUUUCUCUUGCUUCUAUGCUUUUUAAACAGUACUAAUCAAAUAAUAUACUUUUUGUGUUUUUGUUCUGCAAAUAGCCGAUUGCCGACCGUUAUAAUCCACACUGAUAUAUACCAAUAAUUUUGCCUUUGUCUUAUAUUUAGGUUCUCGAUAACAUUGCAAAAGGUGUUGAUUUAUCAAAAGAUGAUAUUUUGAAUCUAUAUUUUGCACGUCUGAUGGCUGAAUGUGGGAAGCUACCGUUCCCUAUUGGACAGGUAUGGCUUACAAAAUCAACUACAACCUAGGCUAGAGUCUUUCUGGGGCUGGUUGUUCAAAGCCGGUUAGCUGAACUCUAUAUAGGUUAGCCUAAAAUGCAAAGCAAACUUCCCUUCAGAAAUCUUGUGUGGAGUAAUAGGAGUCGCUCGCGUUUAACCGCGAACUGCAUGAGAUCAUCUCUUAUGUACUCUCUUCCAAUCUCAUCAACUUUGAGCUGGUUCCAAUUUUGUUGAGAGUUGAUGCUAGUUUUUGCUACACGUGGUAAUUUAUCCAGUCAACUCUUGUUCUCGUUUGACCAUGACACGAGAGUUGAGAAAUUCUCACCGUCGUUUGACUGGGGCUUUAGUGUUGCUGGGCUUUCAUUGGCUGUGGCGAGAAAGUAUAGCGUUUGUCACCAAUUCAAGCAGGAAUAUUUUUGCUAGUCUUGUAUUAGAAUUUUUGUACAUUAUUUGCUCGUUAUUAAGAAGACAUAAUAUAGGAUGAACGAGGUUUAGAAAGAGCGAAAAAAAAUUUCGAUGAAAAUUUCUCGAUCGCAUUGGUAUAUUGUAGGCAAUGUAGCUAGUUCUUGGUUUAAGACAGUAGUUAACUUACAAAUAUUUAAGCGACAUGGAUGCACAGUCUAUUUUAGAGAAAACAACCCACGGUGAAUCAAAAUCCUUUUUAAGUACAUGUAACCGUCUGUGGCGAGAAGCAGAUACGUUUUCUGAUAAGAUAAGACUUCGCAUAAUACCCGCCGGCCGGCCACUUACUUUGAAAGCCAAUAUAAAUAUACUGACGUUAAUACAUUACAAUAUUUUUUUAGAACGAGUCUACUGUAAUAUCGAAGAUUUUUCGCGCACUGAUCUCUUCGAACCAGUGGCUAGUGCACAACGAAGCUUUUACAGCAUUGAGACAAUUUGCAGAGGUACUGUAUAUAUGAUCUCUCGAAUAUACAGGAAACUCGCAUUCUUCUAGUUUAUUCUGUGCAUGGGCAUACAUACAUACAUACAUACAUAUGACAACUUCAGAUGGCUCUGUGAUCCCCAUGUUGAAGUAUCGACUUUCGUGAUUUUAAGUUUCGAAGUGUCCACUAGACUGCCGUGUAGAGACACCAACAGAAACGAUUAAGUUAAAGCAGAUGUAAAAUAAAAUAAAAAUAAGAACACUCUGAGAGAAGCAUGUAUGCAGGGUGUCCACGAGCCUUGAAAAUCCUGGAAAGUCCUUGAAUUGGAAAACAAUUUCCAGGACUGGAAAGUCCUUGAAAAUCAAUAGAAGUCCUUGAAAGUCCUGGAAGUAAUUUCCUUAACCUCCAGCUGUGCCAACAUUAGUGAUUUUGAUUAAAAUUACUGAAUAAAGUGAAUUAUUUUCAAAGAUUUUCCCAGUUCUAGAUCCUUGAAUUUACUGAAAAAGGGCCUUGAAAGUCCUGGAAAAGUGCUUGAUUUCACCUUCACCAAAGGGUGGACACCCUGUGUAUAUGAUGCUGUACCUGGUUGCCGUUAACUCACAAAUUUGUCUGCUCAAACAUUCCCUACUAUAUAUGUUUCAUAUACUGUAGGUCACUCCUUACACACCAGUUCUGGAAGAAUGUGUUCCAGAUGACAUGAAAGAAGACUUUCAAAAGUUUAUUUGUACUGUAAGUACCGGUAUUGUAUUAUGUACGAUUCUGCUAUUCAUUAAGGAGAUUGACUAACUGUAUUCAGCACAUACUCCGGAGGUGGAUAGUGCUUUUCGCGCAAUUUGAUUGGUUCCUCAGGUCCGGAUAUCCUUGCACUAUUCACCUCCGGACAAAAACAAAAUGGCUUCGUGUUGGUUUAUACAGACGAGCAAAUGUAUGCGCCAAACGAAAUGCAGUUUCGCAAAACACGAAGAAGGCCACAAACACAAGAGAGUACUUAGGUUAUAGUUGAUACAAUGAUAUUUUCUAGUUGUAGUCAAGUUAGCAAUAAUUUUCAAACAGAUUUUACUACAUCCCGUUCGUUCGUUGUCAGCGGCCCAGUGAUACUAGAAAAGGAAACCUUAACUAAACGAACUUUAUUUACACCGGAUAACUAUAUAAACUAGAGAAAGCCUACGGUUCAAUACUUUGCCAAAUAAUACUUAAUGGUCGGACUGGGAUCGGAUUCUUCGACAUAUUUUCAUGCCUUUGAUAACUUUCAUUCCCUCGGUGCGUAAAAUCUUGUUUUUCCAAUAAAAGAUUAAGCAGUUAAAUGUACCAUUCAUUGUGCCAAACGUUUUACCCCAAAGUGAUACAAUGUUUGCGCUAUCCAAUUUCGACGCAGCCUUCGAAUUUAUACGUAGUCCAAGGUAGACGAACACUGGAAUGGAUAUUACCGCUAGGCAAACGACUGCUAGCAAGCAACUCGAUAUAUUUUUCAAAGAAAACGCCUUUUUCAUUUCGGGUGAUAUUCCCUUGUUUCUACGGUUUUUCCUGGCGAUUCUGAACAAUUUGUAGUUGAUGAAGAACAUUGGAAGAAAGAUAAUACCAAAAUGAAUUAGAACAUGAACUUGAAAAAAAAUAACCUCUUUAUAUAUAUCAGUACCAAAAUAAGAUCAACACUAAUCAGUAUUGCAAAAAGAGUUAGAAGCCUUCCCUUUGUUACCGAUGUGCGAUGAAAAAAAGGAUAAUAUGUCGCCAAAUAUCGAUCAAAAUUCAUCACCAAAAGAGCGAAUAAAGAACCAGCAAGAAAAGCAGAAGAUACAUCCGAGGGAAUAUCCAUCCAGCUAGGGUAUCCAUCCAACUGUCCGGUCAACAAUAACAUCAUGUAAAGGGCGAAAGGUGGAUUAUAAGUUAAAACUGUCAGCAAAUCGCAACAGGACAAAACCAUUAUCAUGAAAUAACACAAUUUCUUUCGAAGUUGCGCAGACCGCCAGAAAGUGAGAAUGACCACGGAAUUUAAACAUAUUCCUGAGAAAAAGAACAAUACGUUCAAUGCAAAUAUGAAUGCCAGGCUGAUAAAAAGCUCCAUUGCCAUCAGACUGUUUGAACAAAAAACAACGUAACAAUUAAGAUGUUGUUUAAAGCGGAAAGUAUUUAAACUAAUUAAUUAAAGGAUGCCAUCUGUGCAUCUAUAUAGACGUGCUGCUCUGAGAUAAAGAACAAUACGUUCACAGCAAAUAUAAAUAUCAGGUUGAUAAAAUAGCCGAGCUCUAUACAUAUAUAUAUAUAUAUAUAUAUAUAUAUAUAUAUAUAUAUAUAUAUAUAUAUAUAUAUAUAUAUAUAUAUAUAUAUAUAUAUAUAUAUAUAUAUAUAUAUAUAUAUAUAUACUCAUUAAAUAUUCAUAAACCUUGUGGCAAAUCAUGUCAGCCAUAAUAUGUCACGAGGAGUGACUUUAUAUCUGAUAAAAAUCAUCUUCAUUAGUAUUCUUUAUAUAGUUCUUCAUCCUGAGAGAAAACAGAUGACUCGUGCGACAAACACGUUUCAUCUUAAGUAUACUAACUUCAUUUAUACUGGAAAACUCUAUCAAUUAAAAAUUGUUCGCUUCAAAAGUUCAGUAAGGACCAUUCAUUAACAGAGACAUUGUAAUUACUACGGGAGGAAACCUAAACUAAACUAAUUUUAUUUAUACAAGAUGUUCAGUGUAAGGACAUUCGUUAAUGAGCCAGCGACCCAGUGAUAUGAAAAGGAAACCUUAACUAUAAACCAACUUUAUUUAUACUGGAUAACUUUAUCAGUUCUAAACUGUUCUCCCAAGAGGUCCAUUGCAUGGUAUGAAAAAACCCAGAUCGAGUGUUUGGAGAAAGCCAACGGUCCAAUAGUUUGCCAAAUAAUACUUUAAUCGUCUGACUGGGAUCGGAUUCUUCGACAUAUUUUCAUGCCUUUGAUAACUUUCAUUCCCUCUAUGCGUAAAAUCCUGUUUUUCCAGAAAAAGAUUAAGCAGUUAAAUGUAGAGUUCAUUGAAAUUAUAGUACCACUCCAG